CAUCCAUAACUCCCAUCGUACCUUUGGUUACCUACAAAGAGAGAUCUACUUUCUUCCGUCAACAUUCCCGAUUUUAUAUUACUAGUCAGACUGCAGCGGCACUCUUGCUUUUAUCCUUCUAUCCAGCCGUCUACAAGCCGUCCUCCUCGCAAUAUCGUCACCCUGUAUAAGACCGUCAUCGUGUUCUAGCGCGUGGCGUUUUAGGUGCCAAUCCCCUUCAGGAUUGAUCAAUGGCUAGUUACUCGAAUCCGGGCUCGGCAAACGAAGAAUUUUAUUUCUGGUUGGCAACAGAGAAGGCGGUGCUCAAGGAGGUUGGAGACCCGGAUACAUGUGCCGAAAAGAGCAUCGAGAAAAGAAAGGAUGAGGAAAUACAGGAUGAAAAAUGCAAGAGAGAGAGACAACGUCAAGAGUUGAUCAAGGCCCAAUACUACCCACAUCACGUCGACCCAGCCGAAAUACUACCUCGGGGAAUACAGAUAUUAGCAGAAGACACUGAAGACCUAGAGAAGGGAUUCCCGUAUCCGUUAGCGCUGGCAAAGUGCGACAUUUCGCUGUCAGACUGGACCCGCUUUGGAGAUGCAAUCAUUGGAAAGUUUGACCACUGCAGAGGCGGACAGUAUCACCAUCCACAUAUGUAUGACUUCAGGAUACAUACCAUAGCCAAACACAUCGAGUUCGUCCUUGACAACGUCGCGGAACAAGAUAUGACCUUCUUUCGACCCAGAGGACUCAUCAUGCGAUUGGAUAUGCCAGGGGAACAAAAUUUUGGGCUUGACUUCAUGGAUCUCUACUCCGGAAGCGUUGUCCGCCUCGACCAUCCCGUUCACAAUCUGUCAAUGGCGCAACCUUCUUUGUUCAUAUACCCUUCAGAUGAGAAUGUACGACAAGCAAGGCUUGAAGAUCGCAAAAAAUUGCCAAUGAGACCCUGCCUACAUUGUAGAAUUGUGGCUUGGGAAGCAGGGUUCUUAGCUAUAAAACCCCAUUAUCGCGAUAUUCGUCAGAAGUUUUUUGAAGGAACCCGCAUUGUCAUCGAUCCUAUCACAGUCCUAAACAACCCCAAGAAAGCGUACAAACGUGGAUGGACAAACUGGAUUCAACAAUGCAAAGAUGCAAAAGAAAAAAAGUCGAGAAGGGAAGAGAAGCCUCCUCCAAAAUUGGAGCAUGCCGCCGCUGAAUUGCAAUACUUUAUGGAUCUGGACGCAUACUAUGAAGCAAUGAGGUCACGGCCGAUGUCUGAAAGAAUAUUUCGUUGGCCGCCUUCGAAACAGAUCUACUACGACCGCUGGAGAGGGCACAGUGGCUUUCUGUACCCCAACGAAAGGAGCAGUUCCGAGUUGGUUCAGGUGCGAUUUGGAAGCUCCCUUAAAAAGUAUAAGAUUAUGCCUUGGAUUCCAUGGGAAGACUCGAUGGACAAGAGAAUGCUCACUCAAUGGACACCCAAAUGCGUUGUGCCGGCUGACGGGAUCGAGGUUAUGGUGAUGGAGAAGGAAUGUAUUUCGAAGGAUCGAUGUCCCGGGCCAAAGCGGACACCAAGGAUACCGCGGGAAUAUCGCUGCAAAUUCCCGUAUUUGCCAUCUGAAUUCGAAGCCGCCUAUUACCGGGUGCACGAAGGACGGAGCGGACGGUUCGGUUUAAGGUUUAACAAAUGCAAAAAGUCAACCGAGUCGUGGAAGAAAACUAUUCAGGAUAUGAAGAAUCCAAAGCCUCCCCGAACAACGCUGGGAUUAGGUACCCUCGGGACCAACCCCUUUUUUCCCUUGUUUCAUCGUGGUGCCAGACACUUCUAAUCUCCUCUACUGGAAGGUAUAUUGGUCACGUCAAGCAAGGGAAUGAUCAGUGGACGGAAGUUUCGAGAUUGUGGCUCUUUCAAUAUUAUAAAUUUGCUUCA